CGAACUGGCCUCCAUCACCGCCGACCUGUCCCGGCCGCCAUGUUGGGAGGAAACGACGCGUCACGCAGCGGCCGAACGGCUGCAGAGGAGGAAGCAGCAGCGGCGGCGGCGGCGGCGGCGGCGCUGCCUGCCCAGAGCUGCCGCGGCGCCGGGAGGCUGGGGGCGGAGGGCGGCGCGGAAGGAGCGGCCCGAGCCGCAGCGCUACGGCGGCCCGGUGGGGCCUCCAGCGUUCGCCUGCAGGGCGGCGUGGGGCGUGGCGGGCCUCUGGUGGCGCCGCGCCUAGCACUUCGGGCUCUUGGCUGCGGCCGAGUUGCGGGGGCAGAGAUCCCCCCCAUCUCGGCACCCCUGCUCCUGCCGAAUGAACAGGACUUCUGGCUACUCUGCAUCGGCUUCUCUAACUUUCUGAUGGGGGUGCAAUCCUUUGCAUUCCAGGGGUCACAGGAACACCCGCAUCGCCAGUUCUCAGCCACACUGGGUCUCCGCCUGCAUCACUGGACUCUAAAAUUUCCUCCUUCCCCGGUGCACGGAAGUGCUAUCCAGGACUGUGCUCUCCGACUACCUCAGGGAGGAUUCUGUUUUGGGAAAAGUGUUGAUCCAUUUCUAAUUCAUCUUUGUUUCUUCAUAAUGGAGUGUUGUGCCAGAGAUGGCAUCUCACCAUGUUGAACUCCUGGCCUCAAGCGAUCCUCCUGCCUCAGCCUCCCAGGGCUGAGAAUAAAGACAUAAGCCACCAUGCUCAGCCUCUCUUUUCCCUUCUAUGGCCACAUGCUGAAGAUGGCAGAACCACAAGUUAGGAGUCUUAGUUCCUGAAUUGGAACUCUUGGAGAAGAACCAUCUACACAUUAGGAAUACUUAUUUUGGACUUUACAUGAACGAAGCAGACUCUUCAGUUACGUUUAGCUGUCAGCUUUAUCGUAACAACAUACUUGGGAUUCAUUGAUGAACAAGACAAGCUGGCACCUGUAGUCCCAGCACUUUGGGAGGCUAAGGCAAGAGAAUGACUUGAGGCCAGGAGUUCCAGAUGAAACUGGGCAACAUAGCAAGACGCUGUCUCUACAAAAAACAGAAAAAUUAGCCAGGCAUGGUGGCAUCCACCUGUAGUUGCAGCUGCUCAGGAGACUGAGGUGGAAGGAUCGCUUGAGCUCAGGAGUUCAAGGCUGCAGUGAACUAUGAGAUGAUAGUGCCACAGCAUUCAUAAUCAUCUCAUCUGCUUGCUUUGCUUGUUGAUUGGUUGCGUGUUUCUCUCAUAAUUGCAGGGACCUCAUCUCUGUCUAUUCACUUCUAUGUGCCCAUCAUCUAUUAUAUUGCUGGCAUAGAGAAGGCAUUUGCUAUAAACUUACAGAAACUUGGAUAAAUGAAAGGCACCAUGCUAAGACAAGCAUGAUACCUGCCCUUUUGAACCUUACAGUAUAGAGCAGGGAAAAGAUAUUAAGUCAGUAGUGAAUAUACAAUUACAAAUCUGUUAAGUAUGAUUAAAGAAUAGAGUGCUGUGAGGGAAUCUACUUUGGAUUAUAGAUUCACUGGUGGCUUCCCUGAAGAAGUAACAUUUAAAUUGAGACCUGAGAGAAGAGUAGACAUUAGCCAAACUAAGUCAUGAAGAACUUUCCAGGCAAAGUCUCUUGGGGUAGGGGGAAGCUUGGCAAGUUUCAGGAAACAAAACAAGGCAGUGUGGCUGAAAGUUAGGAUCAAGGGGAAUGGUGCCAGUCAGGAUGAAGAGGGAGCUAGGAACCAGAUCAUUCAGAAUCUUGUAGGCCAUGUUAGGGGGUUGCAAUUUCAUCCUAAUAGCAAUGGAAAUUCAUUGAAAGGUUUUAAAAGUAGGGGAUAAAGUGAUCCAAUUGGUGAUUUAAAAAUAAUCCCUCUGUUACAUGGAGAAUGGAUUGGAGGGGGACAAGUGAGGAUGUGGCAAAACAUUAAGGAAUUUAUUACAACAGUGCAGGAUGGCUUGGUCGGGUCCAGGGCCACCAAGCCAGCCAGGUUGUGGAGAUCAUGCCCUGCACAAGGGAGCAAGUGUGGCUGAAAUCCAGCCCCACUAUCUGCCCAAAAGAAGAGGCUUCUUUCUCUAAUUUGCAUAAAGGUUAGCCCAGAAAUGACAGUGGUGGCAUGGAGAUGGAGCAAAGUAGACAGAUUCGGGAUAUACUUUGGUGGCAGAAUAAAUCGGACUUAGUUAACUGGAGUGCAGGUUAGAGGGAGAAAGAGGUCACAAAUGCAUACCAGGUUUCUGCUGGGAACCAGUGAACAGUUGGAAAUGCCAUUUGUAGAGAUAGACUAGAUGGAAGAUUUGAAGGUAAAGUGCAGUUAUCAGUUUCAGAAGAAUAAACUCCUCUGAGAUAUGACCUAACCCUCCCAGAAGGAAUGAUUUGCAUCUUCCUUUGAGAGGACAACUCAUCCUCUUCCCUUGCUGGGCUUACCCAAAAGGUGGUGGUGCUUGAGGGUGGAGUGGUGUAGGAGUAGUCUUAGGAGAUGGGCACUCCUAUCCACUUGAAACUCAAGAUAUUAACUCAGAUCUAUAGCAAAAAUAGAGUAAGACUCUAGAAUA